UCGAUCCCCGAUAUCACCGAACUCUCACUCGAACACAACCCAGACAUCUUCACCAUCAUCUGCUGCAAUGACAGCUUCCAACUCGCCCUCGACCACAGCACCAUCAAGGCCCUCCUCCGAGUGUGCAAACGAGCCCGCCCACUCCUGAGCUUCAAGCUGCCUUGUUUCAACACCUGGUGUCAGAUGGCAGGACUGUGUCAUCCAGAUGGACAGAUGCGGAUUGGCCUCACACCCAGCGAGACGAUUGCGCUCUCGCUACACUGCGAGAACCAAUACACUGGCAGCCAGUCUUGGCUCGCUGCUCUGGCGGACCAAGGAAACGCAUCCGCCUCCUAUAUCCUGGCCAGGGUCCUCCAAGUCAAACUUUUCGGCCCAUCAUCAACAAACAAGCCCAAGAUGAGAGGAAUCGCCAGGCGAAUCAUGCGCUAUCUUAGGAAGGCUGCUGAUGCCGGCCAUCCAAAGGCAAAGUUCUACCUGGCCGGAUGUUAUCACGAUGGAAUCGUAACCAAUAGAGACCACACCAAGGCUGUCGAGCUGUAUUGCAAUGUUGCAGAUCGGGGAAUGGCACAAGCCCAAGUUGCUCUCGGUCGAUGCUAUGAGUUAGGCGAGGGUGUCGAUCAAGACAUCAAUGCAGCCAUCGAGUGGUACUCCAAGGCUGAAGAUCAAGGCAGCGAGGACGGCCGACUUCACAUCCAUCUGACGGCUGUGUGUCUUGUCAAUGGAUUCGGAACCACCGAGGACCGGGUGAAGGCAGCUGGCAUCUUUGAACAACUCGCCAACGAUAGUCACAGCGACAGCCAGUUGUGGAUCGGAGAGUGCUACCGUAGGGGUGGGGGAGUAUCAGAGGACCACGAGAAGGCAUUCGAGUGGUAUAACAAGGCGGCGAGCCAAGGCAACUCGUAUGGACAUUGGAUGGUCGGUACGUGCUACUACUUUGGACAAGGUGUCGCCCAUGACGAAACCAAAGCACUUGAAUGGUUCAGAAGAUCGGCCGACCAGGACAAUCGAUACGGACAAUAUCAUCUCGGCAACUGCUACAGGGAUGGCUAUGGUGUUGAUGCAGACAUCAACACCGCUGUUCUCUGGUACCGCAAGUCCGCCAAUCAAGGUUGCGAUUUGGCCAUCGACAGACUCAAGUGGUUCGGCAAGUGGCCCUGAUCCCGAGUCACUCGAGUUCCACUCCAAACCACCAAAUCACAGCACUGUAAAUGCAAGCAGCCAAGCAAACCACACCAACACCCAUCCCACCCACCAUGAUACCAAAUAGUGGACUUGCAAAGUGGUUACAAUCAAUCGAUAUUGACCCAGUGAUGAUGUAUUUGACAUCCAAUACAUCCAAUACAUCC